AGAGAGAGAGAGAGAGAGAGAGAGAGAGAGAGAGAGAGAGAGAGAGAGAGAGAGAGAGACAGAAAGAGCGCAAUUCAAUACAGACCAAGUGUGGGACAAAAUUGAGAGCUUAAAGUAUAUCAACAAAAAGCAGCAGCAGAUAUUGAAGAGGAUAUACAAGGAAGAGGAGAGGAGGAAGAGGAGCUUUACUGGCCUGGACCUCUAAAAUGUUUGCCGAAAAUCUCCUCAUUCCAUCACUUCUCUCAGAGCCAGAGGAGUUAAAAUAGACAGGAGACUCCAGAGGACCUGAGGUGGAAUCCCAAAAUCCCAAAAGAGGGACACAAACACACUACUCUGAGAGACAGACUCCAUAGACCUUCCCAUCGCGGCAAGGAAAGGUCGGAAUCAUUACAGCAACUAAAGGAUUUCAAAGGAAAACAAUUUAUCUUUGGUCUUCAAACUUUCAUAAACAAUGCUUUGGUCUUUAAACCCCCAAACAAGGCACUUAAGGAAGGAGGUGAGGAUAAAGAGAUUCUCCCCGUGUCAAUGAUUUUUCUAGUCUCUUUCUAUCCUCCCUUGCCUUGGCAUAUGCUUCUAUAUCAGCAACAUCUUCACCAUCAAGAGUUCCCCAGCACUAGAUCAGGGUCAAAUAAACAUAGGAACAAUCCCCUCCUGGUAACAGCAACACCCUUGGCUGACUAGUUCAGUCAUCUAUCCUUGUUCGCUAUUUUGGUUCGCUUCUUCAAUAGAUUACCCUCAAAAGGAGUUGCUAAGACACUGUCAGUGAACCAUGAAGGAAGACAUCUUAGAUUUUUUCAGUGACUUAUGGAAGGUGGCCACCACCAAGCAUCACCAGGGGAUCUACAACACAGUCUGCCUGGUGGUGCUGCUAGCCCUGCCUAUGGUGGUGCUCUUCACUUCUCUGGUGGUGUGCUGCCACUGCUGCUGCUGUCGCCGGGCCAACUCCACUGGUUGCUGUGGAAACAGCCCCAGCUCAAACACAGCAAAAUCAGACAAAAAGAAGAAGAAGAGUCCCAAAAAUGAGGAUUUGUGGAUCUCGGUCAAAACAGGACAUAUGACACCAGACAGGGAAGCCCUGACAAUGGUGUAGUUGUAGUGAUUGAUGUUCAGAUAAGGUUUCAUUCUUUUGUAUUUAUAUGAAGCUCUUUUUUACUGCAAGGUACAGGUACAUAAUGCCAGGCAGGGCCGGCCCUAGCCUUUUGGAGGCCCUAAGCGAUAUUUGUUUUGAAGUUUUGAAGUUCAUUUCCUACAAUUCUACACAUUUUGCCAUAGGGUGUACAGAAAAUGUUGCAGUUUUAAAGCACCUUUUUUGCAGUU